CACGCAAAGCCCUGAUCAGUCCCCUACUCCAUCGGCAUGGAGAGCAGGAAAAGCGCGAGGCCCUAUCGUGUUCGCUUCCGCAAUUCUACUUGUCCGAGUGGCGCCGUGACAGGCGCCGACUACAAGAAGUAUGACUUCUUCUUCGAUCCGCAGCAAGUCUGGCUCAAGACUCAGAAAACCCUCACGUUUCACGAUCAGUCCAGGUCUAUCUACUACGACGCCAACAACGCGGAGGAAGAUUCAGAAAUCGAAGCGAUCCCUGAUAGGACAGAACUUGAUGCACCUCCCCGUCAAACGCAGCUCGAGCAUGGACCUAGGUUCCAGGAUGUGGCCCUUAGGAACGAGCCGACGCGAGCCAGCCAGCACCAAACCCCCGCUGAGAACACCCCUACCCUGAGCACCGUCACUGCUUGCACCCUGACAGGAGAAGCAGACGUUAAUGUUAACUCAAACCAUGACUCUUGCACUCAUGUCGAAGAAACUUCGGAUGGGUUCGACUGUGGUGUGCCAUUCAGCAAGUUUCCCGACUCAUGCAAAUUUGACAACAUGAAGGAGGCUUCAUUAUUCCGGCAUUACAUAGAGGAUCUCGCACGAUGGUUCGAUGUGUGCAACCCUCAUCGCCCCUUUGCAUAUGCCGUUCCUAGACUGGCAGCUUCAAGUCCACUGUUGCGAAAAGCCAUUCUUGCUCACUCAGCACAUCACAUCAGCCGGGUCACGGGAUCCGACCCAUCACUACCAUUCCAGUAUCUAGAGGAGUGUCUUGCGUUGCUAAUCCCGGAACUUAAGAAUGAGCAAGUCACGAGCGUGGAAAACAGCGCCCUCAUCGCCUCCAUCUUCUUGCGCUCAUUUGGCGAAUUUGAAGACAUUGCUUCAGGCGAAUUCCACAUUUCAGGGACUUCUCUUUUUAUCCAAUCCGGUGGCGGGUGUGAGUCGCUUCGCCGCUCGAACAAACUGCGAAAUGCGGCCUACUGGAUCCAUCUGCGCCAAGAAGUCGGCUACAGUGUCGUCGAGCAGCGAAACAUUCGUGCUAAUCUCAACAUCUGUCCGUUCGACGCGUCCACCGAUGCUAGCAGUGACGCCGGUUGGUGCAACCGAGUAGUUUGGAUUUGCGUUCAAGUAAUCCGGUGGGCAUUUGGCGGAAACAGCACUGCUGAACGGCACAAUGAGCUCACCGACAUGAUCGAGGACUGGGAGAACCGUCGACCUCAGACAUUUGAGGCGAUGUUAGAUCUUCGUGGACCAUUUGACUCCGACGUAUGGCAUAAGGAGGUGUGGUUCACCAAUGACGAACAUAUCGACGCUCUGCAAUAUCUACUUAUUGCAAAGCUCAUCUUAUCCCUCCACAACCCGCAUCUUCCAAGGCUAGGUCUGCGCGCUCAGACAGCGUAUUCGAAUUCAAAAGCCGUGAACCAGUUCUACGUCCGAACCAUGUGCAUAGCCGCCAAAUGUAGCAGCUUCGUUCCGGCGAAGUUCAUGGCCUGCAACGUGCUAUUCGCCUGUGGCGGCUGCUUUCAUCUAAAGACCGACCAAGAAAAUGCUGUCGAUUUUCUCCGCAGCUGCGAGCGCGACCAUGGCUAUGCAACCAAAGUCCACGUCGACGCGCUCUUGGCUAUAUGGGCCGCGAACUAUCAGUGA